AACACAAGCAAGCGCUGGCUGGUGAUUCAGUCGAGAACCAUUGACGAGUGUUCGGUGCAGUUACAAUACCAACAUCAAAAGGCUUCGAAAAUAGCUGCCACGUUUCACAGUGACCUGCAGCUGCUGCUGCUUUUAAAUAAACAAGCUCUCAGUGCAAAAUUCCGGCACAUACCGAUACCUGCCAUGGGAGAAAAGGGCGUUCAUGAGCGAGUUCCUCACGCAAAGCCUCCUUUCACUCUCACCCAAAUCAAGAAAGCCAUUCCUCCCCACUGCUUCCACCGCUCUCUUCUCCGUUCCUUCACCUGCUUACUUUCCGACCUCGCCUCUGUUUCUCUGUUCUCCUACCUCGCCAUUGCCCAUUUCCGCCUUAUCCCCUACCCAUUCCCCUACAUUGCAUGGCCCCUUUACUGGGUUUUCCAAGGCUGCACCCUCACCGGCAUUUGGGUCAUUGCUCAUGAGUGCGGCCACCAUGCUUUCUCCGACUACCAAUUAAUCGACGACAUCGUUGGCUUCUUCCUCCACUCUGCUCUCCUCGUCCCCUACUUCUCUUGGAAAUACAGUCACCGACGCCACCACUCCAACACCGGCUCCCUCGAACGAGACGAGGUCUUCGUCCCAAAACCCAAAUCUCAAAUCCCCUGGUAUUCCAAGUAUUUCAACAAUCCACCAGGGAGGCUAAUUUCUCUUAUAGCAACACUCACUCUGGGGUGGCCCCUGUACUUGGCCUUCAACGUCUCAGGCCGUCCCUACGACCGUUGGGCGUGCCACUACGAUCCCUACGCCCCAAUUUUCACAAAGAGAGAAUGGAUUCAAGUUUACAUCUCCGAUGCGGGGAUUUUGGGCAUGGCUUUUGUGCUAUACCGCAUUGCUAUGGCGAAAGGGGCGUUUUGGGUCAUGCGUAUUUACGGAAUACCGUUGCUUAUCGUGAAUGGGUUUUUAGUUUUGAUCACGUUUUUGCAGCACACACACCCUGCGUUGCCGCACUACGAUUCUUCGGAAUGGAAUUGGCUGAGAGGGGCUCUGGCGACUGUGGACAGAGACUAUGGGGUACUGAACAGAGUGUUUCAUAACAUAACGGACACGCAUGUGGCGCACCAUUUGUUCUCGACGAUGCCGCAUUAUCAUGCUAAAGAGGCGACGGAAGCGAUAAAGGCAGUACUGGGAGAGUAUUAUCGGUUGGAUAGGACCCCUGUUUUGAAGGCCAUUUGGAGGGAGGCUAAAGAGUGUGUUUAUGUUGAGGCUGAUGAGGAUGCUAAUUCUGAAAAAGGAGUUGUCUGGUACCGUAAGAAUCUCUGAGUGAACAUCAAAAUGGUGGCAGCUACAAGUUUAAUAUUAGUAUUAUUAUUUUCCUUUUAAACUUCUCUGUGUUUGAAGGAAGAUAGUGUUCUUGCGAGGAUGGAUGAAUGAGGAUGAACCUUUUGAA